AUGCCGAAAGAUAAAAGUAGGAAAAGGAUAAUCGAUGUGAAUGUUGACAUGGAGAUUUCUGUUAAAUUGUUUGAUAUGGAGUUGCCCUUAUCGCCGAAUUUUCUUGCUGAUAGAGUUCCAGGACUUGACAUGGAGAUUUCUGUAGAAUUGUUUGAUAUGUUUAAAAAGAAGGGCUUUGUAAACAAAGAGGGCUAUUUGAUUAACGAUGGGCGGGUGAUACCUUGGAAAGAAGCAAUGAAUGAAAGGAAGAUUAGUUUGCCUAAUAAGCUUUUGGUCAGUUACAUUCAGGAGAAACUGAAUCUUGCAUUUGCGUAUCAUGAAAUGACGAGCUUGCAAUCCGAGCAAAUAUUUAACUCGUUUGAAUCUCAUAUGAGAUAA